AUGAAUAAUUUAUUGGCUAUCCUGCUAAUUACAUUAAGUGUAAUAAAUGCAUUUGAAUUGGAUGUAUAUAGAAUGGUUGGCAUUGAAUAAGAUCAAUUUUGGAGUGGAAGCAAAAUAGCUUCUUUCUAAUUGCUCACUACUCAUUGGUCAGAAUUAUCAUAAAGAAAAGUGGCAUUAAUUAAAUUUUCAGAAAUAAAUGCUAAUUCAAUUUCUGAAUUACUUACAAACAAACCAAAUGGUGUUUUGAUAAUUCUGGAUCAAUAGUCUCAAGAUAACGAAGCCUAAAUUUGGGACCUAAUCACAAAUAAUUUGGGUCCUAAGGGAGCAACAAUCUCCAUUUAUUUCACUUAUGAAUCUGAGAAUAUUAAUAAUCACUAUAAGGAAAUUCAAAGUUAAACAGAAUAAGAAUAUUAAUUGUAGGUCACUAGUGUGGAUCAAAAAUAAGUGUUAACUUUAGAGGACUCAUAUAAUUUAUUAGAAAGCAUAUCUAACUUUAAGUAAAACAAUCCAUCUACUUUAAUUGUGUUAGGAAUUGAUGAAAAUGUACCAUCAGCUGAAAUAACUAUACCAAUAGAUAGGUUUGGAAUUCAAUCAUCCAUCUUCUUUAAGAUAGCUAGAGAGUUCAAGUAUUAACAAAGAUUGAAUCGAAAUAUAAUCUUUUAUAUUUCAACUUCCUCAUCCUUAGGUGAAUAUGGCCUAAAGCAAUUCUAUAAGAAAUAGGAAUAUCAAAGAAUCCUAUCUACUAUAGACACAAUAAUAAUCUUCGAUUAAAUUAGAUAAAAUGAAAAACUACACAUUGAAGUCAGCCCUUAACUUUUAAAUUAAGUUUAAGCAUUAUUGACUGAAAGCGAUGCGACAUUCGAGGAAGCUGAAACUACAAACAUUUAAAAUAAAGAAAUAGACACCAUCAGAAUAUAUACUCAAAAAUAAUUAUAAAUAUUGACUAAAUAAAAUUCGACAAAAGUGCAAGACAAUUAAUUACAAAUACUCAAUUUAGUCAGUUAAUUGAUUGACGACAAACCUUAUGAACAAUAACAUUAGGAUCAAUUGUUUGAUGAGGCAUUGAGUUAAUUUAUUAAUACACCUAAUAGACAUCCAGCUAAUCUGUAAAAGGACUCUAAAUUCAUUAAUGAUUUCAACUCUUUACUAAGAUAAUUAUUUAAACAUACAACUAAAAUGCAGUAUGUGGUGAAGGAUAGGAAAUUCUUUACAUCAUCUCAGUUAAAAGCAUAAAUUAUUAAGUUUUAUUCAGCAUUUAUUGAUUUGUACCUCAUCUUAGGUGUGGGUGCAUGGUUAGUAGUUAUUUAUGCAAUAACAAAAUAUGUUCCAUUAUUUAGUGUUGAAUAGAAUGCUAAUAAAAAAAGAAAGUGAUUUAUUUAUCGAUGUAAAUAAAUUUUAUUUGUUAUAAUUUUAUUAAAAAAA